CUGAUCGGUUGCGUGAGGUAGUGAGAGUAGUGCGCCCAAGAAAUCACCCCGAAAGCGAAAACCAGUGAAACCCGCCCGUGUGCCCGUUUUUCCACCAGUGCGAACCCGUGCGUGGGGCUUAAGGAUAUUCCGGCAGACAUUUUUUCGCAGAACCCCUUCAUCAGGACGCCAACUGGGAUGUGGUUUAAUAAUGAACAAACAACAUUGAUGUAAUUGAGUUGAUCCAAGUUUUGCAAAAUCACUGAAAAGUCUUCUAAUACACCGGAGCCAGUUCCAGUGUAAUCCCAACAGUGUUUUGUGUGCGUGUAGUUGACUAUUGUUCAUUGUUAAACCGAUAACCGCAUCAUGGCGUUCCUGAACAAUCUGCGCUCAGUGCCGCUGCCGCCGGUGAAAAACAUGCUCAAUGUGGCCCUGCAAACAGCACGUCAAACGAUUCCGGCCAAGCAGAAACAGAACGGUUACGAAGAGCCAGCCGGAGAUAGCUAUGGUGGUGCACCCGGUGCUAGUGGCAUGCGAUCGCCACCGCAAGUCCCCCCAAGACCACAGAAUGUACAUUUCGCCGAACAGGACGCCGCGGGUGACACUGGUGGAACAACGGAGAUGAAUCCUUUGAAUCCGUUCACGAAUCCGAAGGCAUACUAUCAGGAGGAUGGAACGGAACAACCCGGUACUAACCAGUACCAGGAGACGGGUUUCAAUCAGGGUGAUUUCGAAAAUGGGUACCAAGCGGGCGGCUACCCUCCGAGACAGGGCAGUGUGCAGUCGUUUGGUUCGGACAGUACUUUCGCCGGCGGUUGCGAAGGUGAAGCCCCAGGUGGAGCUAAGAUCAACGAGUAUCAGGCCGCUUGGAACGUGACCAAUGCAAUUCAGGGAAUGUUCAUCGUGUCGCUACCAUUUGCGGUCCUGCGGGGCGGCUACUGGGCGAUCAUAGCGAUGGUUGGCAUAGCUCACAUUUGCUGCUACACCGGCAAGAUUCUCGUCCAGUGUCUGUACGAGCCGGAUCCGCAAACCGGCGAACCGGUACGGGUUCGGGACAGCUACGUAUCGAUCGCGAAGGUGUGCUUCGGCAAGAAGAUUGGUGCGCGGGUCGUCAGCAUAGCGCAGAUCAUCGAGCUGCUCAUGACGUGCAUCCUGUACGUGGUCGUGUGCGGCGAUCUGAUGGCCGGUUCCUUCCCGGACGGUGCGUUGGACACCCGGUCGUGGAUGAUGCUGUGCGGUAUCUUUCUGCUGCCGCUCGCGUUCCUCAAGUCGCUGCACCACGUGUCGCUGCUGUCGUUCUGGUGCACCAUGGCCCAUCUGCUGAUCAACGCGAUCAUCGUCGGCUACUGCCUGCUGGAGAUCGGCGACUGGGGCUGGAGUAAGGUCAAGUGGCGAAUGGACUUUGAGAACUUUCCAAUCUCACUUGGUGUUAUUGUCUUCUCCUACACGUCGCAAAUCUUCCUGCCCACGCUCGAGGGCAACAUGGAGGAUCGGUCCAAGUUCAACUGGAUGCUCGACUGGUCGCAUAUAGCGGCGGCCGCCUUUAAGGCCCUGUUCGGGUACAUCUGCUUCCUGACGUUCCAGAACGAUACGCAGCAGGUCAUCACGAACAAUCUGCACUCGCCCGGGUUCAAAGGUCUGGUGAACUUUUGUCUGGUCAUUAAGGCGAUCCUCAGCUACCCGUUGCCGUUCUUUGCCGCUUGCGAGCUGCUCGAGCGUGCGUUCUUCCGUGGCAAACCGAAGACCAUCUUUCCGGUCGUCUGGGAGCUGGACGGGGAGCUGAAAGUUUGGGGCCUGGCAUGGCGUUUGGCCGUCAUUCUCGGCACGAUCAUGAUGGCCAUCUUCAUACCACACUUUUCCAUCCUGAUGGGUUUUAUCGGGAGCUUCACGGGUACGAUGUUAAGCUUUAUCUGGCCCUGUUACUUCCAUCUGAAGCUGAAGGGCCAUCUGCUGGAUCAGAAGCAGCGCGCCUACAACUACUUCAUCAUCUUUCUCGGUGUGCUGUUCUGUGUGGUUGGCAUCUACGAUUCGGGCACGGCUUUGAUCCAUGCCUUCGAGAUCGGUUUGCCGUUCUAAGCAGCUCGGAGCCCCGAUGGAGGGCGAGGGAGCGCGCUUCCCGUGAAGAUGUUUGUACAGAGUGCACACCCAUUACACAUUACACUUCCACUCAUCUGCCAUUUAACUCAAACGAACCGUUGUUAAAACCGUUUCACUCCUUUUUCAUUAGACCAUAGCAACGUGUCCAGGUGUUACGUUGGACGAAUGCGUUGGUUCGUUAGUACGCAAAAGUUACACACUGUCGGGCUUGCGACGAUGGGCGAUGCGCGGAUUUGACAAGAUAUCAGAGUUUAACACAGCAGCAACAUUGGAUUGGCGAGUAGUGAACUUGUACCGAUUCCUCCAAAUCGACAUUGACAACAAUUUGAACAUAUCGGGCACAUAUUGAGGCACACUGAAUAGCUCACCAUCUGAAGCACGUGUGGGCUCUCUCAUCAUGGC